CAGAACCACACGGACCCGCUGCUGCUGGCCCACCUGGCCCACCUCUGGGGAUUAAAGUCCUCCCCUCCACCGGAUUAUCACCGGAUUAUCACCGGAUUAUCCCCUCCGGCCUGUCACUCCGCGGUUAUAACGGCGGCCAUCAUGCCUCCGGUCCUCCCCUCGUCCAGCGGGAGCUUGGAGUGCGACUACGACGCGGUGCAGCCUUACUUCCUGUGCGACGCGGAGGAGGAGGAGGCCUCCUGCCCCCCGCCCCGCUGCCAGCUGCAGCCCGGCCCGGGGGAGGACAUCUGGAAGAAGUUUGAGCUGCUGCCGACGCCUCCUCUGUCGCCCAGCCGGAGAGCCUCCGUGUCCCGCGGGCCGCCGCCGGAGCCCCCGUCCGAGCCGCCGCCGGAGCCCCCGUCCGAGCCGCCGCCGGAGCCCCCGUCCGACCCGCCGCCGGAGCCCCCGUCCGAGCCGCCGCCGGAGCCCCCGUCUGACCCGCCGCCGGAGCCCCCGUCUGACCCGCCGCCGGAGCCCCCGUCCGAGCCGCCGGCCGGCCUCGGCUCCCUCAGAGCCCCCGUCCCGUCCCAGCAGGCCUUCCUGCAGUCCUACAUCAUCCAGGACUGCAUGUGGAGCAGCUUCUCCGCCGCCGCCCAGCUGGAGAGGGUGGUGUCGGAGCGACUGGCCUCCCUGCGGGCCGCCCGGGGCCCCCAGGCCGCCCGGGGCCCCCAGACCGACCGGGGCCCCCAGGCCGCCCGGGGCCCCCAGGCCGCCCGGGGCCCCCAGCCCCCAGGCCCAGCAGCUCCGCUGAAGGCCGGACACCUGCAGGACCCCGCCCCCGUCUGCAUCGACCCGUCCGAGGUGUUCCCCUUCCCGCUGAGUGACCUGAGGACACCCUGCCGAGCGGCUCGGGAACGGGCCGCCGACCAGCAGCUGGACACCCCGCCUCCCGGCAGCCGCAGCCAAUCAGAAGAGGAGGAGGAGGAGGAAGAGGAGGAGGAAGAGGAGGAGGAAGAGGAGGAGGAGGAGGAGGAGGAGGAGGAGGAGGAGGUUGACGUGGUGACGGUGGAGCGGCGGUGGCGGGGCGUCUCUCUGAAGCGCCGCCUCGUCGACGUCCAGCAGCACAACUACGCCUCCAGGCCCGCUGGGAAGAGGGCAAAGGGCGCGGGCACGGGGCCGGCGGGGAGCGCGGGGCCGGCGGGGAGCGCGGGGCCGGCGGGGCGGGUGGAGAGGCGGGGCGGUGGCCCCCGGAGCCGCUGCGGCCCUCAGGCGUGGCACGGCGAGGACGGGGACAGGCGCAGGACUCACAACGUGCUGGAGCGGCGGCGCAGGACGGAGCUGAAACGCAGCUUCCUGUCGCUCAGGGAGCAGGUGCCUCAGGUGGCUCACAACCACAGAGCCGCCAAGGUGCUCAUCCUCACCAAGGCCUCAGAGUGCAUCAUGGGAAUGAGGACGCAGCAGCACACACUGGUGGCCGUGAAGGAGCAGCUGAGGAGGAGGAGGGAGGAGCUGGAGCUCAGACUGCAGCUGCUGAGGAGCACCAGCACCUCCACCCACUGAACACACACACACACACACACACACACACACACACACACACACACACACACACACACACACACACACACACUCACACACACACACACACACACACACACACACUGCCUUCAUAUCUGCCUUCAUGUCCAGAUUCUUGUAAAAAACUGAACGAGGAUCCAUCAAAUCAGCUCAGAGUUUAUUUGCUGCUCCUGUUUCCUCUUGUUGGUGGAACUAUGUGUGUGUGUGUGUGUGUGUGUGUGUGUGUGUGUGUGUGUGUGUGUGUGUGUGUGUGUGUGUGUGUGUGUGUGUGUGUGAGGUCUUCCUGGACCUUCAUAUUGUUUGUAUUAAAUUAUUUUUAUCAUUGUUCUGUAUAUUUAUGAAUGUAAUUGUUUUUCUAAGUUUUGUAUAAAAUCAGAGCAAAUAGAUUUUCUAAAUCCU